GGACGAACCACAACAGCAGCAAUGGCGCGGUUCUACCCUCACCCAUUAUUCUCUUCGCCUGCUUCUAGCAAGGCGCCGAGUGGCCGGCGGCCAACAGCCACCAGGCAAAGGCGGCCUGCCCUAGCCUUGUACCCAUCCGUCCAGCUAGCUAGCGCCCUGACUCGCCGAAUGGGUAGCUGCUGUGCAGCGAUCGCUUAGCUGCCGCCUGUCCGGUGCCGCUCAUGCUCAAUUGCUCCAAGAGGAGGCAGCACCGCUGCGGUUCGGCGCGGAUACAGUCACCGCUCGCAGUUUGUUUGAAUGGUCAAAACAGACCAGAGUGGUCUGGCCUGUAGUGGGUUCCCGUUCGUUGGCUGGCAGGUUUGCUGCUACUGCUGCAGUUUCGGAGCUGCGACCGAAAUCGCUAUAGGAGCUGCACCGUUGCUUUACUUGCUUGCUUGUUGGGCCGUUAACCUUACGUAGCAGUGCGUUGCUUUCCGUCGCGGUUUCUGCAUUACAGUCGGUCGACCUAUCGCCGAAGUAAUAUUGUGAUGUUGAUUGUGGUUACUCGACUACAAGCAAACGUGCGUAGUACCGAAUCGCAGCGUGUAGAAAUGGCGGUACUAAAUCAGUGUGUGUCUGCCGCGGAAUGCUGAAGAAGCUUUGGUUCAAUCACAACAGCGUUUAUUCUAAGUAAUGCCAGAGUGCUACUAGUGGUAGAAUCUUAUAAAGGCAUGCUUUGUUUUCCGUCAACAGCCACCGAAAUUGUCAUAACGAAGGCGACGACGACGAUGACGAUGACGACGACGAAAGAAAUGUCGACUACAAACAACUUUGCUAUCGUACGAACUCAGCAAGUCUCCAAGCCGUAUGUGUCUCUCUAGUGAAUAUUAUUCGACAGUUUUAUGAUAUCUGGUAUUAUCGAUUAUGUGUGGUGCAUCAUUCAGUCCAGUUUAAGUCAGCCGUCGCAAAUGUUCUCAAACAAACGUUGCCGUUGUUACUGUUGUUGAGCAGGAAACUAGAACGGCCGCAAUUAGACCCCUACAGCUCUCCAGUGUACAUACGACAGUACCAUUCCCUACCGAACGGGUUCCAGACGGCACACGUCGAUCGUCCUCAAUCGUUUAGCGGACGAAUUUGUUGAGAGACAACAAACCAACGCCAAAGUUGAAAAACGUCCCAAUCAAUUAAGCGCGUAAGCAGCCAAAAAACAGGCAGCAAGGAGAUCAUUAUAGUUCCAUUAUAGUGCCACUGUUCUAUAGGACAACAACAGCGGGAAAGCCUUAGCGAUUCCGUUUUGCUAAAAUAAAACAGGGCACUCUCUCUGGUGGCUCAGUGAUGUGUGUGAUGACCGACGACGACUGCUUCAAGCGCCAGCGGGUUGCCAGCUAGUGAGCGGGUCAACGGUGAAAUCUCCUAGAUGAAAUGUGUGAAGUUUGGUUGGGCACUAUCUGCUGCCGUGUUAUAUUUGCUAGCACUCUUGCGGCUGCCGUCACCGGCGCGGGACCGUGAGUGACUCAUCAGUCUUGUGGAGCUCGACAAGCAGCGCAGGGUGGCCCUCACGAGGUGUUCAUAAGGGCGUCCACCGAUUAGACGCGUACAGGAGACCAAUGCGAUCGCAUCCGUGCAACAGCUAACAGACUACGGCAAUAAACAGUAGCAUCACCGGAGAAAUUGUGCUCACGCUGUGCUCACUGUCCUGUCGUAAAUGUCGUCUCUGCUUUUUUGGAUAUGAAAAAGUUCUCAGGCCUACGGAGACAAGACGUAAUUGCCCCUGUCGGGAAUUUCCGUAUUUUAUCCUUCAUCAAGAGUAACACGAGAGGUUACCUAAAAACAAAAAAUACUGGAGAAAUAAACAACUAUCAAAUUGUGGAUGACAACAUCACUACCUAACUGAAACAGCUGCAGGAUCGGGAUAUGUUUUUGGUGGCGCCAAUAACACAUCAACAUGUGGUAAUGAUAUGAAAGGUUUUCUCGCAUUAGCUGGAUAUUGGUAGCGUAUGCUGUUGUUGACAGCUAUGCGUGUUCACGUGUGCGCGCGUAAUGUCCAUGGAGUUAUAAUUGUCUACGAGUGACUUGUGUUCGACCCUUUGGAUACAUCGAUUUUCGUGAGCGUCAACAAACUUACGUCGUUUGAUUAGCGGACAUCGUUAUCGUUCGAGGCCAGCGGGGAGUGGAAGUUUCUACUAAAUUCGAGGGUAUAAAGGUGUCAACAACGGCCGACAUUUUCAGACUGUGUCCGUCGGCUGUUCGGCGUCCGACGAUACUAAAAUGACGCUGAGUUCGGUUGGCGGGGCAGAGGCUGCCGUUGGGCCCCCGACGCCUUCUCUAGCGUCGCCUCCUUCGGCAUUUGCCCCAUCGCCACCAAAGUCUGCCUUAAGCAACAACGGCUUCUGGACUCUUCGGCACCAAAGGGCCGGAUCGCAACCUGGUGCAGACACGCUUGUAGAGGAUCAGCUCGUGGGGGUUUGUUCAAUGAGCUCAUCUACGCCCUCGCCAAACUGCGGAGUCGCUUCGCUCCUCUUAGGAAGUACGCCAGCACCAGGAACUCCCCAACAUAGCAGCCACCAGGCGCUUAACUCGCUACCGCCAAUCGGUCACUCCAAUUCAUCAUACGCAAUAUCCCAUUCAGCUUCGCGGCAGAGUUUGCAGAACGUCUGGAUGGAGAAGAAGGCUAAGAAGCUCAAAUUCUAUAGAAACGGCGACCGUUUCAAGGGGGCCGUCAUGUAUGCCCUGUCGGCGGAAAAAACUCGUUGUGUGGAUUCUCUUUUUGCCGACUUGACACGGUUACUCACUGAUUCACUUUCGCUACCUUUUGGAGUCCGCUUUGUGUUCCGACUGAGCGACGGAAAAACUAUCAAGUGCCUCGAUGAUUUCGAGGAAGGCGAUAGUUACGUAGUUUCAUCGACCGACACCUUUAUUCCAAUGGACUAUGCAUCUUUGUCAACUCCACGCCAUUUUCAAUUGGCUGGCGUAGGGGAAGCGAGGAACAAUCCCAGCCUCGAUCGCAGCCUUCGUUACAGUGGGUCACAUCAACCGGCUCAAAAUGGUCUCAGUGUGAGUAAUGGCUGCUCGAGGGAUCGCAGUGUCAUCCGGCCGCGUCUCGUUCGAGUUUUGCGAGCCGGAAACAAGCCUCGCAAGUUUGUCCGCUUGCUUCUCAAUAAAAGGACAGCUCAUACGAUUGAACAGGUAUUGGAUGAUUUAAGCCGUAUGAUCCAGCUUGACUCUGGAGCGGUUCGGAAAGUGUUUUCACUAAGCGGAGCUCCUGUGAUCGCGCUGGGAGACUUCUUCACCUCCCCGGAUGAUGUAUUCCUCGCGUUCGGAAAGGAAAUUCCAUCCGUAGAUGAUUUCGUCCUCGACACUGAUGAGGCGCGCAAAUUGGCGUGCUCGCAGAUGCGCCGAGAGACACGGUUCUAUGGCAGGCCGUUAAAGGGUGACGAAAAGGAAGGUUAUAAAGAAACAAAGGAACACCGACGUAACGGGUCGGCCGACGUGCGCAAGAGUCGAGAUCAGAGCUCACCGGUAUAUCCAGCUUCUGUGACACGAGAGUUUGACAUUCACAAUAAGAUUGGCGAUGGCAAUUUCGCCACGGUAUAUGAGUGCCGCCAGAAGUCAACAGAUAAGUGGUUCGCACUGAAAGUCAUCGAUCAGACAAAAUGCCGCGGUAAAGAGAUGCUAGUACGCAGUGAAGUCGAGGUGCUGCAGAGAAUGCGACAUCCGAACAUCGUUCAGCUGAUCAAGCAGAUACCCUCACCGGAGACGGAAGAGCUGUACUUAGUGAUGGAGCUGGUUCCCGGUGGCGAUCUUUUCGACGCGAUUAGCCAGGCGAACCAGUUUAGUGAGGAGCAGGCUGCUGAUCUGAUGACGGAUCUUGGUCAGGCACUUGCAUAUCUCCAUAAUGAACAGCGCGUUGUUCACAGGGACAUCAAACCGGAGAAUCUCCUCGUCGUGCCAGAAACGCAAUUCGAUCGAAUGCGAUUAAAGUUGGCCGAUUUUGGUCUGGCAGUUGAGGUCCGCGACGACGAUCCACUGUUUACGGUGUGCGGGACGCCUACCUAUGUAGCACCCGAAAUACUCGCCGAAACUGGGUACGGCCUUAAGGUUGAUAUUUGGGCCUGCGGCGUAAUCUUGUACAUUCUGCUUUGCGGAUUUCCGCCCUUCGCAUCCGAUAAUAACAGUCAGGAGGAGCUAUUCGAUAAGAUCCUUGCAGGACAGUUUGAGUUCUUGCCACCCUACUUUGACCAUGUGUCCAUGGCGGCACGGGAUCUCAUUGAGAAGAUGCUACAGGUGGACGCUAACCGCCGCUAUUCAGCACAAGAAAUGCUGGAGCAUCCCUGGAUGAAGACGCGGUGCGCCUCUCCCGACUCAGCGAUGUCGAUGAGCACGGAGAGCAUGCACUUCGAGCGGAAGCCAACGUCUUCACAAUCCAACACUGACUCAGCCACUUCAUCGCUGUAGAACAUUUCACCGUACAAGAAAAGAGCGAAGACAUGAAUGCCUACCCCUAUGCGCGAAAGAGGCCUGAUGCAGCUUUAUUCAGUUUAGAAUACUUAUGCUAACGGUGGAACAAACCUUGCGUCCAGGAACCCUCCAAGAACUCUCCAUUUGUAAAAUGACCGACGAAGAGUUAUUGAUCGAGACUGAUAAAUUGCCGCUCAAUCGCAUUGCUCGAGCUUGACAAGCUGUCUUUAGAUUUACAGGUUCUAGUUCGUAGGGGAAACAUUCGAUGAUACAAAAUCGAGAAGAAUCUUUUGUGUCAAGUUGGAAAGGGUGACACAAACCUUUAGGGCAACUAACCUGAUUCCUGCUGAUGGAAAUAAUCGUCUGAUUGUGGUGAAGAUGUUCUUCACGCUGGUUAUGGUGGGAGCGAUGAAUUUUAGUUAUUUUACUACAAGAAGUAAGCCUACGUCGGGGAGCUGCACAGUUAGACAUGCAUCCGUUCUGAUAGGAGAGAAACAGCUGUCAGAUAGAAGACUGAAGAAGAAGAAUUGAUUAUUUAAGCUCAACCUCGUCCUGAUCGCCUAAGUAGCCUGAGCGCUACCGCCGAUCAGGAACAUUCGAGAACGGCUCAAAGAAUGAACGAAAGGUAAAAUCAACUAACGGUGAUGAAAAGUCAGUCAAAUCCAGUAAGGUCGUUUGCGCAAAACGGCAUACAGAGCCAUGGCUGACCUAAUGACUCAAUGUUAAACAGAAUGAACCGAGCGUCAAUUCCGUAUGACGAAGCAGGUCUGACGUGCGUCUGAACGUAUGCGUCGUACUCGAUUCUGCAAAAGACCUGGUAAAGCAGCGAUGCGAAUGAACAUAUGGACAAGAAGAGUGUUCGCAGGCAGAUGUAUGUGCGAUCCGCGCCAUAGUCCUUCCAGGAAACAAAAAACCUAGCAGGCAAUUUUAAAAGCUGAAUUGUCCGCAGGAAGCACACGUACAUAAGCUAUAAUAGCGGUUUGCGUGGCCUUAUGAAACACACGCAAGUACGCAGAAUAUGCAAGGUACUCAACCGUGCAACGAAACAAACUAGCCUGCGCAGGAUCUAUAUGGCACGAACUGCAAGCUGAAGUCACGAAAACAGCAGUACCAUUAUUAUUGUGUCAGUGCAAGUAUAAUAAAUAGUAGCCCUUGUAUAUAUGGUAAAAUGAAAAUGGUACAGGUAACAGGCGGAGAGAAGUGUAUAUAUAUAUAUACACUGUCAACAGAAAUAAGCAAAACCCAUGUACGCAUGCAUAACCUAUAAAACGACGAUGGGAAGGAGAAUUUUAAAAGCGAUUAUACAGACCUUGACGCACCACGUACAAUAAAUAGUGCUAGAUACUGGCUUUCCUCUUUCUACAAACUUUCCUCUUUCUACAAAGUAACGUUCAAGCCUAGUUGGUUCUUGACUAAGGGAAAGUUGAGAGAUAUGCAAAAACUUAGCGAGGAUUGAUGAUAACCUACAGGGGUUUACGAAUUCAAGGUUGAAUGAAAGGUGUUUUUUGUUGCAAAGAGUGACGGUAGGACACACCCAUGCAUAAGAACUAUAAGGCAGAAUGAAAGUCGACUUUGGCGUCGCAGCCAAACGUUGACUAAUAAAGCCAAAAGCUUUUAGCAAGGAAACAUGGUCAUUAACGAAAAAGAUGACAAUGAUUGCAUUGAAAAAGCUUAUAAUAAAUGAGGUGAUUUUGUGAUGCAGUAGAUGUAAGAUAUGUUAAAAUGCGACGGUUUAAAAAGACAUAAACGAUAGCAAUCAGAAUUCACACUUUUCAGAGACAGGCCUAGCACAUGUUUAUCAUCUUACGGAAAUACACACAGAUCGUCCGAAACGAAAGCUACCACUAAACACUGAAAAUUGACGACGAUCAAUCGUACAACGUCUGUUAUAAUUACAACAACGAAAGAAGAGCAACAAAAGAAAAAAGAAACACUGGAGAUUCAAUUUUGCAAUGUGUACCGAGUAGUUGAAGAAACAGCUGAUUAUUAUUUUAGCAGAAAAUUUCGACUGAGUAUCACGAAGCGAGCAGUGUCAGCAUGGAUGUUGCCCGUCUCGACGAGACAAAAUCGAUUUUAAUCAUACGACAUGUCAUUGAAUGGGAAAGACGAAUCGAUCUGUUAGGUUUUGGUCACACGGGCUUGUACUCUAUUCAAGAUUGUUGAUCAGCAAGUGUUUUUGCCAUAGGGUGCGACUGGUUCUUAGCUAUAAUAUCAAUAUUUAGUCGUUUAUGUAGACUCGGCUGGCAUAUUAUUAUAUGGCGAAACAUCUCUUGACGAAAUGCUGCCCCGGAGCCUACAAAUGGCUGCCCUGGAGCCUACAAUUGAGUGCUAUGUGUGCAAACAGAAAGCAGUAACUGACAUGAUGGACCAGACCUUGUCCAGAGCUUGAUUAGGUCGUCUGUAGUCUAUACUCAUCCAGCUGACAUGCGCGAAAAUACAGUGACAAUGAAACAGCCGAGGACAGAAAUACAACAGCCGUAAAUGAUGUUCGAAAGUCAUGCUUAUUCAUAAUAAAUAAACUUGACAUAAUAAUAAUUAAGACUAAUAGUAGUACUGCUAUCCGCAAGGCACCGCACCAGAUAACUAUAUUAUUAAUUAAAUAGGGAUUUAAGCAGGUAAAACAAGCAAAAACAGUAGAAAAACGCCGCGCUAACAAAACCAGUGAAGUGAGGAAAAUGCAACCGGUCAAAUAAAUCGAAAAAUGGCUGUUUUAUUAAAAGAGAGCGAGUGAAAAGACACAGAUAAUACGAAAACAGAUAUAAAUAUUAUAUUAUUACCACGAGGACGGCGACAAACUGAACCACCUAAAAAGAACGAGCGAAGUUAAAUCGCUUUAUUUAUACUGUGCAAUAAAAACAAGCAAAACUUCACUUUCCGAAAAAAAUGUCUGUUCAUUACUCCGAUUGUUAUCAGGCGGAAUGUACAGUCGGCUAGCUUUCGAAAAAUUAGGGAGCAGAUUAAUGUCGUCACAUCGACUGUCUUGAAUAAUCCGAAACACCGACAAAUUCUAUCCGCAGAUUCAUUUCUCAAACCAUAGCACAAUGUGAGCGUUUACACACUAUGAUCUUGUUCAUAGAAGUUCUCCACUGACGCGCGUAGAAAAUCAACUUCUAUGGAAAAAUCAAUAUAUAUAAUACUUCUAAAAGGAGAUUGCUAUCAGAGUAGCUGAUCAUCUCUAUAAUAAAAUUUGCACUUCCAAGUACCGUUUAACCAUAUAUUCCUUGGCCGAGCAAUUAUUAUACGAUGAUGGAUGAGCGUACAUGCGAUGCUCCUAGCGAGACGGAACCCCAAACGGAUUGUUUUGUGCGCAGCAUCAAUCAGGGCACCAGUACGCACAGUGUGGAAUAAAUAGAGGUUGCUUAGUCAUUGAACCGGGCUGAAACUUUGCAUAGGCCUACUCACAUGGAGUGCAGUCAAUGAAUAUGAGUUGACCAAGGAAAUUUCUAGAGAAACAAAGGGAAAGAGAGAUGUAUGCAAGAGUAGCGGUCAGUAAAAAUGCCGCAAGAGUCGUGGUCGUCAUGAUGGCGUGGUCACAAUAGCGGGAACACAAGGCAUCGAGGAAAAGCGUUCCAGAAAACCGGAUGUAUAUAUACAGAAGUACUCGCUAGCAACUAUCAGAGUUAUCUAUCAGAGACAUUUUGAUGUCUAUUUUGCGUAGCGUACGUUAUGUGCCGGUAUUCCAUUAAACCUUAUGCAAAGUGUGUGUAUUUUACAAUUUUUGUGUACGACUUCACUGCUCUGUUAUUUGAACUGUUUUAAUUUGGCAAAUAGACUACUAAAAUAGAAAAAUCUCCAGAA